GGGGCACCGGCGUGUACUGCGCGGAUCCAUUCAUAAACAAAGUAGAAGAAGCGCGUUUGUGUUUCUGGUAAAAUGUCUGAGUACGGUACGGUCCAGAAAGGAGCUUUAAAACUCAAAGGAGUGGGCACCGUUUCAUCUGGGAAAAAGAAGAAGAAGAAGGACAAAGAAAGCAAGCAGCGGCUGGAACAGGUCUUGACCAGUCAAAAUGAUGAGGAUGUGAAGGCUAAAAAAACAUUUAUGGACAAAAGGACCCCAGCCCAAAUUGCAUUUGACAAAAUGCAAGAGAAGAGACAAAUGGAGAGGAUUCUGAACAAAGCAUCAAAAACACACAAACACAGAGUUGAGGAUUUCAAUCGACACCUGGACACACUUACUGAACAUUAUGACAUCCCCAAAGUCAGCUGGACGAAAUAAUGGAAAAUGGUGGAAGAGGAAACAAACCUACGACAAUAUUCAUCAUAUUUUUACUGUUGCAUUUUUUUGUGUUUUGAACUAUUGUUUUUAUCUUUGGCCAAUCUUCAUAAUUAUUUGUUGAUGUUGCACAAUAAAGAAACCAUGACAGACUUUAAA